AUGCCAUCCACCAGUUUUCUUUCCAAUGCGGCGCCAGAGCGACCGACUCUCUACGUCGCGCCGCCUCCGCUGCGUCAAGAUGGGAGACCGGUUAUCAGAAAGGUCCUGAUUGCAAACCGAGGAGAGAUCGCGUGUCGUGUCAUCCAGACCUGUCGCAAACUCGGAAUCGCAUCCGUUGCCGUGUUCGUCGAUGAAGACUCUCCAUCACUGCACAUCCAACAAGCCGACGAGGCCGUCAACAUCGGAAGCAUCGACACCAGCGCCAUAAACCCAUUCCUCAAUGUCGACCUGCUCGUCCAGACCGCCGUCUCCAUCGGCGCCGAUGCUGUCCAUCCAGGCUACGGCUAUCUCAGCGAGAACGCGGCGUUUGCGGACCGUGUGCGCGACGCAGGCCUGAUCUUCAUCGGGCCGGGCACCAAGGCCAUGUUGACAUUAGGAGACAAGCGCGCGGCCAAGGACUUUCUGCUCGAGCACGCUCCCGAGGUUCCCUUGAUCCCGGGAUACAGAGAUUCGAGCCAGGACCCUGAGGAGCUGAGAAAGGCAGCGGCCAAGAUUGGUUUUCCAGUGAUGCUCAAAGCAUCUGCGGGUGGAGGUGGCAAGGGGAUGCGCAUUAUCCGCGAGGAAGAGGCGGCCGAGCUGGACAAGGAGCUGCUGCGAGCACAGUCGGAAGCGCAGAGGAACUUUGGCUCGGCGGAUAUCAUUCUGGAAAAGUACAUCCAGAGCAGCAAGCACGUGGAGAUCCAGAUUAUGGGCGACUCGCACGGAACCGUCCUGUCCUUCUUUGAGCGCGACUGCUCCGUCCAGAGGCGGCAUCAAAAGGUCAUUGAGGAGACUCCGUGCACCUUCCUCACCCCGGAAACCCGCAAGGCGAUGAGUGAUACGGCUCUGACGGUGGCCAGACUGAUCGGAUACGAGAACGCGGGGACAGUCGAGUUUGUCGUGGACGCUGUGACUGGCAAAUUCUACUUCCUCGAGGUCAACGCUCGUCUCCAGGUCGAGCAUCCCAUCACCGAAGAAGUCACGGGCGUCGAUCUCGUCGCCCUGCAGCUGUUUGUGGCCGCGGGAGGCCGCCUGGACAGCAUCCCCGAGCUCAAGGAUCUCAAACAGACCGGACAUGCCAUCGAAUGCCGGCUCUGCGCUGAAGAUCCUCGCAGGAACUUCUUCCCCGAGCAGGGAAAGAUCCAUCUGUGGUUGCCGACCGCGGAAGACCGCGACCUUCGCUACGAGACUGCCGUUCGAACUGGUUCGUCCGUGUCCAUCUACUUUGACUCGAUGAUUGCAAAAAUCGUAGUUUGGGCGCCAACCAGGGCUCUUGCCGUUGAGAAGAUGGCCGCAACCCUGUCGCUUACGGUCUGUGCUGGGGUUCGCACGAACCAGCUGCUUCUCCAACGCUGUCUGCUGCACGGUGCCUUUGGUGAUCCAGCAUACACGACUUCGUUUCUCCCAACCAACUUGGACCACCUUCUCGAUCGCCCCGCGACACCAGGUCUCCCAGAACUACCCAAACUACUCCCCGUCCUCUCUUCGUUUGUUCGCCGCGGACUCGACUCCCAGUCGUCCUCGGCGCGGCGACCGUUCCAGGACGUCCGGCCCCAGUUCCGCAACCAGCGCUUCGACAGAGCGAAUGGCCACUACGAUAUCGUGACGGUAGCCGAUUGGCCCUUCAAGGCUUCCGAACACUGGCCUCGGACCAGCAUCUGCAGCUGGAACGCACAGGCCAAGGCCGGACCGUCAGCGAGUGCGCAACAGAUCUCCGUCCUUGCAGUCAACGAGGACGAGAAGCCUCAGGACAAAAACCUCUCGGUGGCCAAGGAGAUUACCUUCCGCUACAACAAGCUCAGCCAGCUCGUGCGCGGUACCGGAGACCUCCUAGAGGGGAUCCAGAGUCAGUACUCUGUAAGCCUCGAUUCCUGGGACGCGGCCGGGCCAAACAGCUACACUGUCAGACUGCUUAUCAAUGGGUCCGCGAUUCUUGCCCACUUCGUUGCCACUGCACCGGCAGGAAGUCAGUCGCAGACUCUCCUGGUCCAUCUACCCGCGGUCGGCACCUUUGUUAAAGUCAAGGUUGACACGGCUCUUUCUUUCAUCGAGAGCACGCGGACGGCGGCAGCAGCAAGCGCUGGAGAAGCCCAGCGGACAAUCACUGCGCCGAUGCCGUGCAAGGUCCUGUCUGUGGUAAAACAGAUUGACAGCGAGGUCAAGUCCGGUGAGACGGUCAUGGUGAUUGAGAGUAUGAAGAUGGAAGUCACCAUCACUGUGGCGGUAGACGGGAAGUUUCAGACGAGCUGGAAGGAAGGGGAUGCGGUGGAGGAGGGCAAGGUUCUUUGUACUGUUACUUGA